GCUGCAUAAAGAGAAGAAUUUACACAAUGGUUUUCCAAGGAUUUGUGACAGUGGCGGUCAUCGUCACCUUGAACGCCCUUCAAAUUUCCAGUCAGUGUCCUGAGUGUCUGACCAAGACUCAUCCACAAGAUGCAUUUUGUCAGGACGAUUUCGUGAUCAGAACGACUAUUACUGAUAUGAAGGAAACAGGAGACGACCCUACAACACCUGAAAUAGAUCCAAAGACGUCAUACAAGAUUGAUAUUGUAAAGGUCUUCAAGGAGCCGGCUGUUCCAUCCAUAGAAGCCACAUGUAUCGCAUCGAGUUUAUCGGGAAACGCCACUGUUGGAUGUUUUUUCAGCUUACACGCACUCAACGCUUCACUGCCUUGCGGCGUAGAACUGGAAGUUGACUCAUUACAGGAGUAUCUGAUAAGUGGUACUGUAGAAGAUGGUAAGAUGAUAAUAGACGCGUGCAGCCUAGCUAUACCGUGGGAGGAAGUAACAGGCCAUAUGAAGAUCGGUCUCAACAAACGGUAUAAGAAGAACUGUCAAUGUGAGACCGGGGAAGACAAGUGUAUCGUGGAACCACCUGAGGAUGAACUUUGUUUUUGUCAGUAUGCAACCUGCGUAGAGGUUAAGAAGGUUGGCUGUGCACCAGUUUGUAAAUGGAAGAAGAGUAAAACCUUCAAAACAUGUCUCGGAAGUGCUUGAUCCGCGUGCUAAGUUGCAAGAAAUGCGGACACUAUCAAAAAUGGACGAGCAGAUGUGUCAUGUCAAAUUGUAUUGGAAAUACAUGUAAUGAUACCAAUAAACUGCAUAAUGUUUCAUUCUCCUAAAAUGUCAUGUUUUUAUUUUCAUUUCAUUAUAUUUAAAAACCCUUACAAGCAUAUUCAUGUGUAUAUUUAGAGAUAUGCAUUCAUCUUACAUUGUACACACUAACGUGUUACAUACAUUUUACUUUCAAUACAGAAAUAUAAACUGUAACCGUUACGUUACACACAUAUGUACCAUGCUAUGGCUGGCUCUGCUAGUUGCCUAAUCAUGCCAUUAACCUU